AUGGGUACAAAUGACGCGCCCCAGAUUUUGAGAUCCAUCAACAAUCGUCACAGUUCUUUCGUGAGGUUCAUCAAUACCACCACUCACGACGUCGAAGUACUCUGGAUCGAUUAUGAAGGGCUCGCUGUUCGUUAUGGUAUAUUGAAUCCUGGGGAUCGCUUGGAUAUCAAUACUUUUGCCACUCAUCCUUGGAUUUUUGUGGAGGAAGAUACGAGAGACAGAUUCGUGGUGGAUGGCAAAGACGUAUUUCUCCCUCAGCCCUGGUUCGCUCGAUAUCUUGACAUGCCCCGUCAUGAACUCCCACAAAUGAUCGAGCGGACCCAAGUGAAUAUCACCCUGCCAAUCUACACUCUCCGCGAUCUCUCUUUACGUGUAAUAAAGCGUCGUCUGCGUCACGACUAUCACGCUUUUCUCCUCGAAAUACCGCAGAGUCUUCAAUACGAAUUGGCCUCGAUGUUACCUCGAAAGGGUGAUUUUGCAGAGCCCUGA